CCUGACACAUUCCGGCUGCCUUGGCAAAUUUCGCGCCAAUUUGGGCUACAUGUUAGUCACCAAUAAAGCGCGAGAGUACACGGAAACCCCUUAGGUGUUGUGUCAGUGGAUCUCAUUUCUCCGCAGUAGGGCGUUCUUUGCCAUAGCAGGACAAGCAAACAGGGUUGUCUAACUACCGUAUCUAAUUGCUAUAUAUGGGCUGUACAUGAUAACGACAUAACAAAAACAGCCUUUCUUGUCUUGCUGAAAGCUUGAAACCCUAAUCCUUUUGGACACCUUGACAACGGCAACCCUGAACAUCCACAACGUCUUGGACAAAUAUUGUGCUUAACAGAUUACAACUAGUUAUGCCUAUACGAAUUUUAUGUCUGCACGGCAGGGGUUCCAACACAGAGAUUUUCCGGAUGCAAACGGCAGGCAUACGGAGCUUGCUGGAGCCAGAAUAUGAGUUUGAGUUUGUGGAAGGCCGGUGGCCCCAUUUAGAGGGCAACUGGUCUCUGCAUACAGUCGAUUUCUCAAAGUCAAACCUGUAUGGGUUUUACAACAUGCUGGAUAUCGAUGAUAUUCUGGCUACUGAGAACGAGCUCCGUCAAGUUAUAGAGGACCACGGCCCAUUUGAUGGUUUACUAGGAUACUCCCAGGGCGGGUCGAUGGCUGCUCAAAUUGCUAUCCGACUUCUCAUCGAGAACCCAUACGCCACACCUCAGGAGUUACCAAUCAAAUUUCUGGUGCUCAUUAACAGCGCCGUGCCGCCUUAUAUUAUGCCACUGGGUGACCAAAAAGUCACGGACAUACCCAUUGAAGAAGCGCCAAAGCUGCGAAUGCUAUUCGACGUCUUCAAAGCGGACCCCGCCGAACACCUGGAUAGAGUGCGGCCCGUAAAGCUUGCCAAUGGUAGACAGGCUCUCGUAAAUAAAACGCACUACAUGACGUUUUUUGAUGAGGCUUGGGAUGGCCACCCACUUUCCAUGCCAUCGCUGCACAUUACAGGCUUAGGCGAUGCCCCCGAAUACGGCCAGCAACUGUUUGACAUUGCUGAACCCGGCCAAGCGGAUCAAAUUGGGCAUGUGUUUGGGCACGACUUCCCACGAGGGCUGGACAUGAACAAGACAAUCGCUAGGUCGAUAAGGAAACUGGCGGAGAAAGCUUUGUAAAAAGAUUGAUACGGUACAGCAGCAAUUCAAUUUCAUUCUAUGCAUAGCCCAA